UGAAAAAAUUCAGAAAGAAAUCUCGAAGAAAGCAACUAAUGGAAGAAGUUGCAACUAUUACGAUUCAACGCAUGCAACCUGAAAAGGAUAUAUGUUACGAAUAUGUAAAAUCAUCAUUAGAUAGCAUUGCAGAAGCAGUUUUAAAUUGUCUUAGAGAAAAACAUCCCAACCAUUCGAUAUUCUCGACGUCGGCUGAAACUUUUUCCUAUUGGAGAAACAACAAUAUCGGUGAUAAUCAUUGGGACGAAGCAGAAAGUACGCAGAUUAUGGAUACAAUCGAGGAAUAUAUUUUUGGUAAAUUAAACUUUCGACUAUGCCAAGAGACAGACAGAAAUGUGGAAAACCUUUGUAUAGAUAACGUGUUAAAAAAUAAAUGUGGCCAGAAAAUAAUUUUAUUAAUAAUAUAUGAAAGCGUGACCAGGAGACUUGGUUUACGUUGCGUUUUAAUUAAGGAAGAGUUAGCAAUUGACGAAUACUAUAUAUUUUGGAUGCCAAACUAUGCUAGGAAUAGGUUUGAAAAUGCAAGAUGUUACGAUAUAACCUUUGAAGAAAUCCCGAAACGUUUUCACAUACAAUUGCUUAUGAACCGAGAAAAUACUUUGGCUAUACCAACAUCUGAAGAGAUGUUGUCCUUAUUAGUACAGCGCUUUCAUUAUUGGUUGGAGAACGUAGAUGGAACACAUGGAAUUUUUACUUUUUAUAAUUCAUGUAAAAUAUCAAAUCAUCAGUAUUAUCUACGAAAUGAAUGGUUAAAAAAAAAGAAAUCAUAUAGAAUGCCAGAGAAUGUAAGGUUUGCAGUUGGAAUGAUAGUUAAACAUGGUAAAGAGGUGGGUGUGAUCGUCGGAUGGGACAGAUUUGAUAUUGAUAGAAGUGAUACAAUCUCUUUAGACGAUACACAGAACUUAGACAAUACAAGGAAGGUGAAUCGAUUUGUAAUGUUGUUGUAUCAAUUUUUUCGUAAAUUUACAGCAACAAAUAAAUUUGUACAGCGACAAAUAUAUUACACUAUUCUCACUGAAGAUAAUAGACUUUGUAAAGUAGAAGAAGACGCUAUAACUUUAACAACACCGAAAUGGAUCGAUAAUAACGAAAUAGGUCGCUAUUUUUGUAAAUUCGAAGGCACGCAUUAUGUGCCAAAUAAAAUGUUAGCAAAAAUUUAUCCGUAUAACGCCGCUACAAGAGCCGAGAUAGAAAUAGAUGAAACAUUGUUUGAUCUUUGAUUGUUUCUCAGAUUCUUUGUAUUGUAAUUCAUUUCAUUUAGCAUAUAUUUAAUUUUGUGUAUAUUAAUAACAUAAGAUGCCAUAGUUUUUCAAGGCGAGCAGUAUUUUCUAUCAUUCUUAUAUAGACACGUUUUAUGAAAAUCGUGUAUUAUGUUUGCUCUGUCUUAUAACGAAUCGAUUAUUAUCAAAAUCAAAUUGAUUUAUAUUUGAUCCAUCUUAUAAUGUUUAUUAUCAAAAUCAAAUUGAUUUAGGGAGGAAGCUGGGAUAUACAAAAUGGGGGUCGAAACCCGCAUUUAUAAUAGAAAAUGCGAAAUAAAUGCAAGCUUUCCAUUUAAGAAUGCAAAAUGCUUUUUAGAAACUCAUUUAAAAUAGGAA